AUGCAUGUUAGGAUUCGCAGGAUUCUUUCGCAUUGGCGAAUUAUUAGCCUUAAAAGUUAUCAACAAGAUUCAUUUAAAAUUAGCGUUAAAAAAUCCAAAACGGAUCAGCUAAGAGAAGGUCAUAUUGUGUACAUAGCUCACACUGGUAAUUCCACAUGUCCAGUAACCUGGUUACGAAAGUAUCUGUGUAUGACUAAUUUGAAAUUUCAGCCGGAUUCUUAUUUAAUUUGUCGUUUGGCGAAAACAAAGACAGGCCACAAUGUGUUAGGGCAUCUUUCUAUAUCCUACGAAAGCGCCAGAAAAACAUUUCACAAACAUUUGAAUACAAUUCAAAAAGUACCGGAAAAUUUUGGGUUACAUUCUUUACGCUCAGGUGGAGCUAGUGCUGCUGCAAAUAACGGCGUCACUGACAGAAUGAUAAGUAAACACGGCAGGUGGUCAUCAAGUUCCAGUAGGGACGGAUACAUAAAAGAUAGCAAAUCUCAACGACUCUCUGUAAGCAAAGAUUUAGGAUUGUAA